AUGCUUGACUGGAAUCUCUGGGAUCUUCGACAUGCCUACUAUGUCGGCCGUCUGCCGGCGUGCCUGCUUCGGGGCGGCCCUGAAGCCAUUCGCUGCCACAUUCGCUCGACCACAACAAAACCCUUUUACAUUUGCAAAGUGUGGACUGACGAUAUUCCCCCGGCGGAAUUGCGACCACCCACAUUUAUCCUCAAAGACGAGGGACACUUGUUCGCAUUCUGCAAUCGCACGCUCGAGGUCGCCACGAAGCUUCUAGGCCUUGAAGACUGCCCACUUGUCGCGCAGGAGGAGGGGCCAGACCCUUUAGUUGCUGCUUGUGUAGCUGGGUUUCUACUUCGAAACCAUCCAUACGAGAGCAUACUGGAAUUGAACACAUUACCUGCUGUUCUACUUCAAGGCAUUCUGCAGAAGCAGGCAGAGCUUCGUGAACCACGACUUCGCGCUGUUGCUGAAUUGAAGGUCUAUGCCCGCGACUUGCUAUUCCAUGAGACGGUUAUUGCGAGCCUCAAAAGCAAGGACGACUCUGAGACAGUUCGGGAUGAUGUUAUCUUUCUCGACACGUCCUCUGCUGGUAAAAAUAAGAAUACCCUUUCUUCCAUGAAGUUGAAGUUGCUGGGAAAGAUUUUCCGUAAUUUUUCCCGUUUUUUUUUCCAUAGUGUCAAAUAG